CAGGCGAUGGCGGCGGCGGCGGGUCGGCUGGGCUGGUUGGUCGCUGCGCUCUGCUUGGGCAACGCCGCCGGGGAAGCGGCGCCGGGUCUGCAAGUGUUGGGUUUCUGUGUGGAGGAGGACGAAGCGCCCGGUGUGGAGUGGGCGCGCGGAGGGGCGGCGCGUGCCGUGCCGGAGGCCACCUUCCGCUUGCGCCUCUUCGGCUCGGCUUUGGCCAACAGCUCCUGGACCUGUGUGACCCCCAAGGGGACGGGCUGCCCCGAGGGCGAGGCGGUCGCGGCGCCCGAGGAGACGGCGGCGGCGGCCCUCACGGACGAGUGGCGCGCGCUGCUGUGCCUGCGCUCCGAGGCCCUGCGCCCGCACUCGGCGCUGCUCGCUGUGCGCGUGGAGCCGGGCGGCGGGGCGGCCGAGGAGUCGGCUCCGCCUUGGGCGCUGGGCCUGGGGGCGGCCGGGCUGCUGGCGCUGGCGGCGCUGGCGCGGGGCCUGCAGCUGAGCGCGCUGGCGCUGGCGCCGGCCGAGGUGCAGGUGCUGCGUGAGAGCGGCUCGGAGGCGGAGCGUGCGGCGGCGCGGCGUCUGGAGCCCGCGCGGCGCUGGGCCGGUUGCGCCUUGGGCGCGCUGCUGCUGCUGGCCAGCUUGGCGCAGGCGGCGCUGGCGGUGUUGCUGUACCGAGCGGCCGGCCAGCGCGCCCUGCCCGCCGUGCUGGGCUGCGCGGGGCUGGUGUUCCUGGUGGGCGAGGUGGUGCCGGCCGCCGUGAGCGGCCGCUGGACGCUGGCGCUGGCGCCGCGCGCUCUGGGCCUCAGCCGCCUGGCGGUGCUUCUCACCUUGCCCGUGGCGCUGCCGGUCGGUCAGCUGCUGGAGCUGGCGGCGCGUCCCGGGCGGCUGCGGGAGCGCGUCCUGGAACUGGCUCGCGGCGGCGGCGACCCCUACAGCGACCUCAGCAAGGGCGUGCUGCGCUACCGGACGGUGGAAGACGUGCUCACGCCCCUCGAAGACUGUUUCAUGCUGGAUGCCAGCGCGGUGCUGGACUUCGGCGUCCUGGCCAGCAUCAUGCAGAGCGGCCACACGCGCAUCCCCGUGUAUGAGGAGGAGCGCUCCAACAUCGUGGACAUGCUGUACCUCAAGGAUUUGGCCUUCGUGGACCCGGAAGACUGCACACCUCUCAGCACCAUCACUCGAUUCUACAACCACCCGCUCCACUUCGUCUUCAACGACACCAAGCUGGACGCCGUCCUGGAGGAGUUCAAGCGAGGCAAGUCCCACCUGGCCAUCGUGCAGAAGGUCAACAACGAGGGUGAGGGAGACCCCUUCUACGAGGUCCUGGGCCUGGUCACCCUGGAGGACGUCAUUGAGGAGGUCAUCAAGUCUGAGAUCCUGGAUGAGUCGGAGGACUACCGGGAGAUCCUGGCAAGGAGGAGGCCGGCUGUUCCAAGUGCACCCCUCAAGCGGAAGGAGGAGUUUUCCCUGUUCAAGGUGUCUGAUGAUGAGUGUAAAACCAGAAUCUCACCUCAGCUGCUGCUGGCCACCCAGCGCUUCCUCUCCCGAGAGGUGGAUGUGUUCAGCCCACUCCGAGUCUCCGAGAAGGUCCUGCUGCACCUGCUGAAGCAUCCCAGCGUCAACCAGGAAGUACACUUUGACGAGAGCAACCGCCUGGCUGCACAUCACUACCUGUACCAGCGCAGCCGGCCCGUGGACUACUUCAUUCUCAUCCUGCAGGGCAGAGUGGAGGUAGAGAUUGGGAAAGAGGGCCUGAAGUUCGAGAAUGGGGCCUUCACCUACUAUGGAGUGUCUGCCCUGACAGCACCGUCCUCGGUUCACCAGUCCCCAGUGUGCUCGCGCCCGCCUGCCCGUCCUGACCUGCAGCCCGAGCCGGCUGACUGCACCCGCUCCUCCACGUACUGUCCUGACUACACCGUGAGGGCCCUCUCUGAUCUGCAGCUCAUUAAGGUUACCCGGCUGCAGUACCUCAAUGCACUCCUGGCCACCCGGGCCCAGAGCCUGCCACCAUCCCCGGAGAGUGCCAAUCUCCAGGUUGUCCCAGGCAGCCAGGCCAGGCUGCUGGGUGAAAAGACGGUUGCAGCAGCCGGGUCCAGCCACAGCAGACCCAGCAUCCCUGUGGAGGAGAGCCCUGGGCGGAACCCAGGAGUCUAGCUGCUUGCCAGGCAGUCCCAAGCUGGGGAGCAGGCAAGCACGUGAGAGGUGGCGUGAGCCGAGAAGUCCCCACUGUCUGCAGGCCACGUUGUAGAUGGCCCUUACUGGUGCCAAGCCUUGGGGCCUCCUCAGCCAGACAACAGUGCCAGGAGCCUUCACUAGGCCCUGGGCCCUCCUAAGAAGAAGGGGGGCGGCCAGCUGGAGCCCAGCUUUCCAGGGCCAAGCUUCUCUCUCCUUCCCCCCAUAUUGGGACAGUGCAGUGUAUUUAUACCUCUUGAGGCCCAGCCACGACAUGAAUGCACAGGGGCUGCCUCUCUGCGGCCAUGACUUGCUUGUUCAUUUGCCAAUUCUUGCUGCUGGCAGCACAUUCACAUUGUGAACACCAGUUUUGAGCAGGGACGGUCAGACCUGUGGCCUUGUCAGGGCUGUGUUCUCUGGCUGCCCCUUAACAGUGCCAUAUUCAGUUCAUGCUCCCUGGCCUAACUCAUGUGCCAGUGCCAGCAGCACUGCUUCCACAGGUCUGUCCGUCUGGUCCUGCUCCCUCCUGUGGAGGUUCUGACCUCCCAACCCCAGGCAAAGCUCUGCUUCCCUGCUUGCUGCACUCUGUGGCCACCAAGAGUGUUGUCAGUUUUAAGGGAAGAAGGCCCCCCAUGAAACCCUCCAGCUCCUGACCCUGGUAGAGGGGACCCCUGGUGUACCUUUCUCAGGCCUCUAUGGAGCAGGCUGUUGCUGUGGGGCACAGGGACAUUGGCGGGCAAGGAUUGCCCAGGAAUCGGGGUGAUCCUUAUUCUUAAACAGAAAGCAGUUGUAUGUGGUCCUUGUGUCUCUGAACCAUCAGUACUGUGUAUUGUGUUCUGGCCGGGCAGUUGUAGAGAGGAGGAUGGGAAAGGGUUUGUGUUUCUUGUAAUUUCUUCCCAAAGUUCAGCUGUAUGGAAGCUGGGGCUUCCCAAGGCCAGGAGUGUGGCCCGGAGAGGGAGGAAGGUUUUUAGAAACAUUUCUCAAAGGAACCUAGGUCCUACUAUAUGGGCCAAAGGCCAAAAGCACAGGGCUGUGCCGGAUGAGAUUGCUAUAAGGCAUGCACACCACGGGGGACAUCCCAGGUAGGAAACGGGCUUGCCCACAUCCCGUGUGUCCAGAAUGGGGGCUUGUAAUAUUGCUCUGUGUGGGAGUCACCUGGUGAAUUAAAAAGUGCUACUAUCCAGGCCUACCAUUAGGACUUUGAUUGAAUCACUGUGGGUUUUAUUUUUGAGAUGUUGGCAUCUUAUGUAACUUUGGUACCUUUAUUGAAACUAAAAACUUAACAUUG